CUCUCCCUGGCGCCCACUCCCCUUUUCAGGCCACACUUCUUAUUACCUGUCAUAUUUGUUGAUGUUGUAUCCAGUUGGUUGAAUUUGGGUCAGGGGUUAUUACGCUCCUACAGAUCAUUAGAAACGGUUUGGAAGAGACUAUGCGGGAAGAGGACUCCUCUCCAAUGGACAGUGCAGGGAACAGCGAGGAGGAGACGGACUGUCAACUGCCGCGGAGAGGCGCGAGGAAGCGGCGGGCGACACGGAGGCGCGCGGACGACGACGAGGAGGAGGAGGGAGACAUAGAGAGUCCGAGUCCCGGGAAGAAGAUGUGCAGAAAGAGUUGCGACAGCGGAGGUGGCAGCGCCGGGAGCGGUGACAGUGAAGCCAGCAGCAGCCCCGAGCUCUCCUUCGAUGACCUACAGACACAGCGCGUGAUGGCCAACAUCCGCGAGCGGCAGCGGACGCAGUCCCUCAACGAGGCGUUCACGUCCUUACGUAAGAUCAUACCCACCCUCCCCUCGGACAAACUCAGCAAGAUCCAGACGCUGAAGCUGGCGGGCCGGUACAUCGACUUCCUGUGCCAAGUUCUGCAGAGUGAUGAGCUGGAUGCACGAGGGACCAGCUGCAGCUACGUGGCGCACGAGCGCCUGAGCUACGCGUUCUCGGUCUGGAGAAUGGGGGGCUCCUGGUCCUUGUCUACAACUACCCACUAGCAGGGCUGCUGUGGAUAGUACAGAAAGAUUUUCCGGACUGAACAACCAGUGGAUCUGAUGGACUGAAACAAGCUUAACAGCUGAGGGGCCAGGCGCUGUGCUUCAGGCCUCAGUGGAGAGGGGCCUUUUAAUAUCUCCCAUUGCAAAGACUGUAAUGUUUGCAAGGGAGCACUUAGGACAGACAGGACGGAUAUGAAGGAAGAAAAGACCACUGCGACUAUGAAUGUUGUAAAAACAAAAUGAGCUCUGAGGAACUGCUCUGUUUUGAAACAUGAGAGACAAAUGACAAUUCAUUCCACAUUCCCUGUGACAAUGUUUCACAGAAAAUGAAGUAUUUUGUAUUUAUUUUUCUACACAGACUCGAAUUUUCUUUUCCCCCCUCAAAUAAAGGUUAUUUAUUCUUGGGAUAUCACAGAAUGCUGAAUGGAUCAGAAGUCUGCACAUUUUGAGUGUUGUAAAUAUUUGGUAAUAUCUUGAAUAAAAGAAAUUAAAGUAU